AUCUUCCAAACCACCACCAUGACGAACGAGAAGGGCAAAGGGCGUGCGCCGACGCUUGCGGACCUGCGGGUGAAGUUGUGCUACAUCUGUCGAGAGGAAGAGCAAGGCGACAGCCCGUCCACCAAACGAUUUGUUCACCCAUGCAACUGCACGCUGAUUGCGCACGAGGCGUGUCUACUGGAGUGGAUCCGGACAAGUGAAGGCACGGGGCGGGAGAACACGGCCCGGCAGUGCCCGCAGUGCAAGACGCCCUACGAGGUGGAGAGCCAGAACCCGGCCGUGCUCCGCUUCCUUCGGGCAGUCGACAGGAAUCUGGGCGGCGUCGAUCUGGGGUUCUAUUUGGUCGGGUUUGGGUUUGUGGUGAGAGCGGUGUAUCGCGCGCAGCUCAACUAUGGCGCGUGGGCGUUGAGGUCGUAUAUUGGCAACGAAGUAUUCGACCUAACACUUACCAACGACACAUCGUCAUGGCCACUCGUCGCGAAAGCCAAUAUCGUCAUGAUCCCCGCCUCACUCAUCCUUGCCCGACUCGGUAUUCCUCAGCCCCUUGGUGCCAUCCUCGCCACCUGGCCCGCAUUUGCCUUCGCAUUUCCCCGACUGGACGACCUCCGCGUUGUAGACACCACCAAUAAUAACACGCCUCCACUGCCAGUGACUGCAUCUGGUUGGCCGCCCUCACCCUUCUUCUUUGGGUUUGUGUUGCUCCCGCUGUGCAGGCGGUUCUACCGCUACUACUUUCUGCGUUUUUCGCGAUGGGUAAUGGGCAUGCCGAGUCCCGCGGCGGGGAGAGAGCGGAAUGCGAAUGAGCAAGGAGUGCGGCCAACGCUGCUCCAGAGGUUACUUGACAACAUGGAACGAGCAGCGGGCGAUAACAACGCUGACAACAACAACAAUAACAACGCCAAUGCAGACGACCCCAACAGACAAGUAAUCUCUGUCGAUAUGCGGCGCGCGGGCCGGCUAAUUGGCGGUGCUCUUCUUGCGCCAGCAAUUGCGAGCACAAUGGGGAAAUUCCUCCUGCGCUUGUCGCAGCGUUUUGGCCUGCUCCGCCGCUUCCUCGGUGUCCGGCCCGGAUGGACCGGCAUUAUGCCCCCACCCCAGCUCCGGCGCUACUCUGCACGCGAACUAUGGCGCCGCGCGGCCCAGGAGCUCGUCGAGCCCGCGCCAAGCUCGGCCGUCAGCUUUGGUGUCCAUUUUGGCGGCAGCGGAAUGCAUGCCGAAACUGGCCACGGGCUCAAUGUGGGCAAGGCACUGCGAUUCGUCCUUGGUGCGGUCUGGGGCGAUGUCCGCAAACUUGACGAGUGUGACCCCGUGUGGUGGCGCAAUGCCCUCGGAUUUGGUGUCUUUGUGCUUGCGAGGGAUUUGGUCCAGCUCGCCCAUAUGUGGCUCACACAGCGCGAGAUUGCGACUAGAAGGGUCAGGGAUCGGGAUUUUAGUCGAGUCGAUCUGGGUGAGCUGGAUUUGAUAGCCAGUGAAUAA